AUGUUCACAGCACGGCUCAUUGUCUCGACAUAUCUAUGCCUCAGCAUCAAUAUUUCACUGGAGGUCAUCAAUGUUGGUUCUGUCAAAGCUGCCGAUACGAACACCGCGGCUUCAUCAAGCUCUCAAUCUCAAGUUGGACAAACAAACGACACUGAACCUUCUGGGUUUUGUAAGCUUAUUUACACAAAGCUCAACCCAGACGUAAUGCUUCAUGGUGGCCGCUUUCGGCCCACAUGUGAACUAACAUGUGCUGACCAUUUUGCUGACAUGAUGUGGAACUUGGCUUCCAUCGUCCAUCCUUGUCAACGCGUCACAAUGUCUCCUUGGGAUGUGAUGCUUGUUCAUCAUCCUCAACCCAAAGGGCCAAAGUCUGAAUCAGACUUUACAAGAUGCACAUCAGACUUUAGAGUAUGCAUAGACGACUGGUGUACGUGCUUGCCACCACUGGUAGCCUGCAGCUGCUCUGUGGAGGUGCUCCUGCAUCGAGUCUCGAUCAACAACGCAGGUGUGCCGCAAAGUCCAGGAUAUUGCGACUCCGAAGCUGUCAUCAAACUGCUCACGCAUUUGUUGUCAACACAAAGCAAGGGACCGUCUUUAUCGACUGGUCCAUCGAAUGUGGCAGAACGUUUCUCUACACCGAUCGACCUUCAAUCUAACAUCGCAUGUGAUACGAUUGCAGAUUAUUCCACCAGCAGUAAUGUGUACGCUUUGUACGAACAGCUGACAAAGUCUUUACCCGCUACAGAGUCGAACCGACCGCCAUUGGAACCCGGCAUCUGCACCUUGAAAUAUCAGUUGGGCGGGCAGUCUCGGCUGGCCGAGCAGUACAAGCCGACCUGGGGCUUCUUGACAGGCAACCUCAUCAAAUGUCACCCGCGCUCAGCAAACGAUCCAUCUCUCUCCAACAUCAGAGAUAAUCUCAACGACAUGCGGCGAGCAGUGGCCGAGUCGAGGCUUCCAAACGACUUUUGGAAUCUUUGA